GCUGCUACAUCACGUAUUGUAGGCGGAUAUGAAGCACCAGAAGACUUUGGAAAGUUUCAUGUAUCUCUUCAAAAUCUAACAGGUCACCACGUUUGUGGUGGUGCAGUUAUUUCGAGAUUUCAUGUAGCCACUGCUGCGCAUUGCGUAUAUGGAGCCGAGCCUCAGUACAUCAAAGCUGUAGUAGGAACAACCAAUUUAGAUUUUGGAGGAAAACAACAUGAUGUUAUUUCGAUAAGGAUUCAUGAGAAAUACAAUUUUACUUCGAGGGCUAAUGAUAUCGCAAUAAUAAUAGUAACGAAACCCUUCGAUUUGAAGUUGGUCAAUAUUUUAAAAUUAUAUGAAGAAGAACUCGUUGAAGGCGAUGGAGUAAUUUUAACGGGUUUUGGUGCUGAAACUCCUAAUGGACAGUCCAGUCGUAUAAUGCACAUGCUUCAUUUACCAGUUUUCUCUCAAGAAAUAUGUCGUUUCGCUAUGCGUUAUAAUAGAGAAGUAUUUGACAGCAUGUUUUGUACUUUCACACGGAUUGGAGAAGGAACUUGUCACGGCGAUUCAGGUGGACCACUGGUGAAGGAUUAUAAACUAGCUGGAUUGGUAUCAUGGGGUAUACCUUGCGGAGUAGGUUUCCCCGAUGUACACACUAGGAUUAAACCAUACGUUAACUGGAUUAAAAAAAAUAUUCACAAACAUUGUGGA